CACACACACACACACACAUACACACACACACACACCACGCUAUAUCGCAUUCGAAAUGGCGAGGCGUGAUUCGCCAAAUUCAAUCUGCGGAAGUAAUUACUCUUGGCACAACUGUACGCGACGUCAACCGCGUGAAAGGUUGCAAUGCUAAUUCCACCCCACAUGCGCCUCCAUAAUGUCAAGGUCGCAUCCUGAAUUAUCGCUCUUAUCCUCGUGCGUUGAUUCGCCAUGGAAUCAGUUGCGGUUUUAUUAUUUUAUUACGGAGCAACGGAGCCGUGACUUUGAUAUCAUCUAAAUAGCUUUAUCGAUUAAAGUUUGAUAAGAAUUGCCUUUAGACAUCAAAAGCGCCAAGAGCGCUUUUUCUAAACGUGAGUCAGGAGAGAUAAAAAGUUGUCUUUCUUCCAACAUGUCAUAUCGGAGCGAGUCCGCACGCGUGGAUGUUUGCGCGACAAAAAGCAAAGAAUAUCAAACUUUCCUAUCCAGCCUGUUUCGCAAGGGUACAUUCGUAGUUUCACCGCAAGCAUUCCGAAAGCGCGAAUCCAUCGGAGGCGGGAAUCCUGUUGGUAAUUGGCCGUCUUCGACGGGGGGUCCGGUCAGACCCCUUAACAGUACAGUUGGCGGCGGCGGUGCGGCGGGGGGCGCCAACAUGACACCCGACGAUCCCGCGCCCGACGAAGAAUUCGCCCUCGCCGUCGCGCAAAAAGCACAGAGAGAUGCAGAGGCAAUCCGCACCGCUCUGUAUCUCGGAGUGGCACUCGCGAUCACCUGGAUAAUAGGGGCGGCGGGGCUGUCGCUGGCAUGGCUGGUUCUGGUCCUGGCACUGGCAACGACCAUUGUUAAGGCGAGAGUCUCCCGGCUCCUUCAGACGGAAUUGCAGCACGAAUUGGCCAGGUUACGUAGGAGACGAGCCCUGUACAAAGACGAGACCGCCGAGUGGCUCAGUCUGCUUCUCAAUAAGUGGUGGAGAUUCAGCGCUGCCAGUAUAUUUUCCUUAGCGAAAGAACGAUUGGAGCCCCUUCUUAAUGAAGCCAAACCUGGUAUAUUAGGUCCGUUAGAAUUACGCGAACUCACUCUCGGCGAGCAGACGCCGUGCAUCACUCGCGUCAGAACGCUCGAUUGCUGCAGCGAUGACGAUCUUCCCAAUGGCCAUCUCUUCGGUCAGACCAAAUUGUCCAUCGAGGCGGACCUGCGGUUAGAUUGCGAGCAAUUCCGCAUGCUCAUCACUACGCGGUUGUUUGGUAAAGGCGUGGGAAUGGACAUCGAUCUGGCGGUGGAGAAGCUAUCGCUGUCCGGUACAAUCAUUGUCAAUCUAACGUUAAACGCAUCGGCGCCGUUUCCGCAUGCCACCGGACUCAGCGUGAGUUUCCUGGAGAAGCCGGACGUUUGGUUCAGCGUAAGAAUUUUACGGGCGGUACAAAUGAUGGAGAUGCCGCUGAUCAAGACCUGGAUUCACGCGGUGGUAACAGAUGCUCUGGCCAGCUGGCUGGUCGACCCAGGCCAUUUGGAAAUGAAUCUGAGGGCGCGGGAGCGACCGGGUCCUGGACUGGAUUCCAUGACCAAUUCAUUGCCGCAAGGAGUGCUUACCGUUGUUUUGUGCCAGAACGGUUGUUCUUUGAACGUCGCUGAUGAGGUGAGAUGGCUCGUGGUAACGAUAGGCGAUCAGAGACGGAUCACCUCGAAUUUGAACGCCACGUGGACCGAGGACGUAUCUUUCUUGGUCGGGCCAUUAGACAACGAGAGGAUCACCAUCAAGCUGAAAGAGAAACGACUCGUUAGUACCAUCACUCUGGCGCAGUUCGAGUUAGCGUUAGGCGUUUACGACUGGGAGAAUUCGCAGAUUGUCGAAACCGUGUUACAACAGAAGAAACCGUCCCGCAGUAGCGCUAACAUUCCGAAUAUCAAUGCGCGAUUAGAGUACACCACUCUGCCGCAUUUGGAUCCCGAUUUACCGCAGCCAGAAUUAACGGCCGAUAAUUUGCAUCUCGCAGUGUCGCGAGACUCUUGCCACAAAGCGCACAAAGCAGGGGUAUUGGUGGUUUACAUCCAUUCCGCUGACAACCUCCACGGCGAUACCGCUCAGUGUAAUCCUUAUUGCAUGUUAUUUAAUAAUCGGAAGAAGGUCAAAACGACGCAUUACGUUCGCUCGACUACAUCCCCGGUUUGGGACUGCAGAGCGCAGUUUUUGGUGCAGGAUUACACUCAAGUAUCGCUGAGCUUCGUCAUAUAUUCGUGGAAUAUAGUGAAAUCAGUGGACACGGACAUGCUCGGGCUGGCCAUGUUAUCUCUAUCUCAGGAUACGACAUGGAUCGUCAGGAAGGAACUCACGCUUAGCGGUUCCAACAUCGCCUCCACCAUGACGAUCUCCGUGCUGUUUUAUCCCGUCAAGAGCGUACAACAAGUGGUUAACAGUCGCAGAAGCAGCUUAAUUCCGACCACGCUGGAUGACGAGCCGAAAAUCAAACGGAACAGUCUGCCAUGGAUGCAACAGGCAAAACUAUUAUUAACUCACAAGGACGCCGAUCCCGCUUCCUCCGAUAUAUCGAGUCUAUUAUCUACCGGAAGCGGUUUAAUGGAGGUGACGUUGUUGCGAGCAAAGGAUCUCGUCGCGAAGGAUCUGAACGGCUUCAGCGAUCCUUUCUGCGAAUUGAAAUUGAACAACGAGACGAAAUACAAGAGCAGCAUAAAAAAGAAGACGCUGAAUCCCUGCUGGGACGAGAGUUCCAUCAUGGGCUUGCCGAAGACCGGGGAAGCUUUAGAUAUCGUGUUAUGGGAUCAUGAUACUUUCGGCAUGAAGGAUUACCUCGGGAAAAUAUCACUGACUCUCGAUGAUAUCAGAAAGCUGUCGAAUAGCGAUCAGUCCCAUUGGUUUCCGCUCAGAGAAACCAAAACGGGAUCUGUAGAGCUGAAAAUUAAGGUCUUGUCGGAAGAGUGUGAGACGCAAAGCACAUACGCAACCAGCAAUAUCAGCGACAAUUCUUCUCGUUUGAACACCGAGCCUGAUUCCUUGUCGAGUAUCGUGCGCAGGCCUUCCAUGGAAAAAUCUAAAAUACGUCUACAUUUGGAUCCGAUUGUACCGCCACCUCCUCCACCGCGCACUGUCACCCUCCUAAAGCCAACUACGUCCAACCAAUCCGAUAAGGCUAGCGUUACCAGCAAGGAGUCCAAUGAAAUAAAUGGAACGCCGAGCUUCUGGAUUCCGAAAGUCAUCACGGAAUCGACCGCGAGUAAUUCUGUCGAUGAGGCUGACACUGCCAAGGUGACCGCAGAGAGACGAUCUUCUCAUCACAGCUUGACUCCCAGCCCCGAGCAGAGCUUCGGCAAGAAGUUACCUCAGUACAACAGUUUUCGCAUGAUGAAGCAAAAGGUGAAGAGGGGUUUAAAACUUCGUAGAUUUCGCUCGGAAGUGACUAUCGAGGAUAAAAAUGAUAACAAGGGCAUCACGUUGAGUCUGGAACCCAGAGGUGGUGGAGAGGCCGACGCCACGGAGCUCCUGUCGGAAUCCGGUCUAGCUCACGCGGUGUCCCAGCCGGAUAUGUUGGGCAGGAUAAGGCAACCUAGUCCGCGGUUACGAUUGAGGCCGAAUGAUUUAAAAAUUGUCAACGGCACUAGGGAGAAAUAUUCCGGGGUGGAAGGAAAGGUUCUCCAGGCUCAGGGUCUUCACGUAGCGCACAUCGCCCAACUGUAUUGCCGAGUGAAGCUUCAAACGUGCACCAGUCCGGAUAAAAUUGUUUCGCCUAACGGCGGUAAGACCAUCGCGAAAUCGCGGCUCCUGCCGGCUAUGCCUAAUCCUCAAUUCAGCAUAGAUUUCCAUAUAGACGGUGAUGGUGUGCCAAGGCAGGCGUUACUGAUAUUUGAGAUCAGGAGCGCCAGCAAAGAGUUGCUGGCCAGUCGACGUAUAUCUUUACACGAGUUACUAGGUGUGUCUGCAGCAAGUGAUGAGAUUCACACGUGGUUGGCGUUGAACAACGGCGCCUCAUUGGAAGUACAAAUCGCUCACGGAAGAGAGCUUAAGAAUAAGUCGGCGAAAAAGUUAUUUCGCUCUUGGUCGGUUCAUCGGAUAGGGAAGAUUUGAGGUCUAAAGAAAAUCAGAUACUGCAGUUGUAUAUCCAUUUAACACGUAUCAAUAAAAUCAUAGAGUCUUUUUCAUCUUUUUUUUGAGACAAAGUUUGAAGGAAUGGAGUAAAGAAUUAUUUUUGCAAAUCAAUUAUGUACAUUUUUUACACGUUAUGUAAAAAAAGCUCUUAAUAUUGUGCUCAACCAUUGUAUGUAUUAAAACUUCAACA